AAUUAAGAUGGAAAAGCACUGAAUGCUGCCAGUCCUACUUGGGUUCUUACAUUACAUUGUAGUCCUCUGUCUUGCUUCUUUUAUCUUCCCAUUUACUAUUUCUACUUCAUUUCUCAUUGUUCCAUUGUUUGAAAGUCCAAGUCCAUACAGGUAAGUUCCAUAUGAAACAUUAGCCUCCCCUAAAAGGGUGAAGGGCUGAGGUGAACUGGGUAGGAUUUGGCCCUUAGUUGCUGGGAGUGUAAUACUUCAUGUACAGUGUUUACUGGGCAAAAAUGAUCCCUUGUGACACUACUUUUGUAAAAGAUGAUCAUCUUUUAAGCAAAUUCUCAGCCUGAACAGCCACUUUAAAUCAGUGUUUUGUAAGUCACUCUGUAUUACUCAGUUUUGCUUUAAAAGUGUAGGUCAGGUCUUGGUGAUUUGUUUGAUAGUUUCUGAAUGUAGAAGAGGUAUUAAUUUCUUCUGCCAAGCAUGGUAAAGUACAGAGACCUUCAAUUCUCCGUGGGGCUUGUUUAGUAUUUUGUACAAUAAUUUAUUAUUUUUCAAUGGCACCCAGAAACCCCAGCUGAGGUUGAAGCCUAAUUUUGCUAAAAACUGGAUAAAGGAGGAGACAGUUCCUGUCCUGAAUUGAUUACAGUCUAAAUAAGAGAAGUCUUAAAGACACCUGUAUUUUUCCCCAUGGCAGUAAGUGGUUGCGAUUUGUUGAGCGAAUGUACAUCUUGUAUUUACAAAAGAGGAGUGGUAUGUGUAUGGUUAUGCACGUUGAUGGCUGCCUCGUGGGAUAAACUGUGCUAGGAUUUUUGGGGCUGUGUACCUUGUUACAGCUCUGCAUUCCAACGUGAGCAGGCAUUUAUAUACCCCUGCCACAAAUGCCCCCCUGCCCCUUUGUAAAUGGCGCUCGGUGCGUGGAAGACCCCUUUGACUCUCAAGACUGAUAUUUAGCUCUGCGGUUACUUUUUAGUGACAGUGAGUGGUUGCUAACACUGUGCCACUGUCUUAUUUUUGUGAAAACCACACAAAGUUGGUUACUUUGUUGGUUGGAGCUCCCUUGAGGGGGUGCCUACUGCUGUUACGAAAUCUGCUCCCUUACGCAAGGGACGCGGUGCCCGUGUUGUGUUCCGGCUGCAGCUGUCGGGGUUUAUUCUUGCUUCUGGUGUGGGGAUGUUGGCAAUGCGUGACACACGCUUCAGAGCACACUUCUGCCCGGGAGGGAAAUGACCGGGCAGAUAAGGAUUUUUUCUGUUUGAGUACCAUCUUUGGAAAGCUGCAGGAGUUUCAGGGUGAAGUCAAGAGAAUAUGGUGCAUCCUUUCUAAGAAGGCAGGGCUGUUCUAUACUGUCCUCUUUCCGAAGCCUUGAGAGGAAAACCUGCCUAAGGCUUUGCACUGUGAGGAACUUUUCUUGAUAUUCAGCGUUUUGUGGCAUAGUAUGGAUUUGACGUCAUCACAACAUAGUCAUCUACAAAAUGAACUGAUAAGAGAAUUGGAAAGACAAGAAGGGGAGAAAGAAGAUGAUGAACAGAUAGUUGCAGAAAUCAUGAGAAGGCGUUUUUUUCCUCCUCUUAUAACUCAUAAAGCCUGGGAAGGCUUUCACUUCGCUGGCCAUGAAAUACGAAUUACAGAAGCCACUGAUUGUUACGGGGCGGUCGUCUGGCUAUCGGCUCUUGUUCUGUGUUAUUUUUUGGAAACUAAUUCUAAACAAUACAAUUUGGUUGACAAAAAUGUGAUUGAAAUUGGAGCUGGAACUGGGUUGGUCUCCAUAGUAGCCAGUUUACUGGGUGCACUUGUGACUGCCACUGAUUUGCCAGAACUGCUGGGAAACCUUCAGCACAAUGUUCUCCAAAAUACAAAGCUGAAAUGCAAGCACCAGCCUCGUGUUAAGGAAUUAUCUUGGGGAAUUGAUCUGGAAAAGAACUUUCCUAGGUCUUCCUGUCACUUCGACUACAUAAUGGCUGCUGAUGUAGUUUACCACCAUCCCUUCUUGGAUGAACUCCUCCUAACUUUUGAUCACUUGUGCGAGAAUGACACUGUUAUUCUGUGGGCUAUGAAAUUUAGGUUGGACAAAGAGAACCAAUUUGUGGGCAGAUUUCAGACGCUGUUUGACUUAGAGGUGAUUUCUAAUUUCCCCAGCUUGAACAUAACCUUGUAUAAGGCAAUGAGGAAAGGCAAGAUGAAAGCCAGACCUUCCAAACUGGCAGUCUGAAAGAGAGAUACAGGGAGGUGACAGUUUCAGCUGUUCUGCAGCUUGUUCUCUUUUUAAUAAUUUCCAUGUUAGUAGCUGCUAACACCUGCAUGAAUGACAUUUUAAGAGAUAGCUAAAACAAAACAUCAGAUUCCUAGUGCAUCCCUAAUAAAUUCCUAAAUUCAACUUGCUGAUAGUUUUAUACACAGAAGUGUAUCUUUGACGUUUUCUUGACUUUUAUGUGCUAAGCUGACAACACUGAUAACUUUCACAAGUCUUACCAUUAUUGUUAUGGGUCGUGUAAUGAAUAUUUCCAAUAGCUUUCAACUGCAGCUUUGAAUGGUAUCUUAUAAGAUCAACCAAUCGUUUAAAACCUAAGACUAUGAUAAAUCUUUGUAUUUAAAAGUUGUGGUGUUAAAUCUGAUCUUUCCACAUUCUCACUGUCGUGUAAAUCCUUCCUUUGAAUACCCUUUAUAGGACAUUAAAUUAGCUGAGCUGCCCCCUCCCUGGGAAAUAGACUGUCAUAAUAAAGUGACAGAAUAUAUUAGUUACCCUUUGAUUUAAUGAUUAUGCUUUCUUUGCCUUCCAUUUCUUGUUUAGAUUCACGGAUUCUUCAACAGACAGCCGCACACAUGAGGCAAGAGGGACUUAAAUGCUUUGUUGCUUGAACAAAGGUCUUGGAUAAGAAGAGUACAGUGUAUCACCAACUGCCCUUUGCAAAGACCUUAAAUUCUUGGAGGUUUGCCCCUCCAAAAAUAGACAGUUAUCUGGACCUCAGGGAACAACAAUGGAAGACUGACAGUGGCCAUCAAGAGAGGAGUUUUGCACUGCCAGCUGGUGGUGGCUGGAGGUAGAAAACUAAACCAGCCUGACUGGCUGAGGCAUGGGCAGGCUUAGAUGUUUUUUUGGUCUUGUAGUAUGGGCAAACAAAAUACUUUUCUCCUAGCUGCUCAGUACUGCGUGUUCCUGUUUUCAGUGGUCGGAUUAAUGUCCGUGAAAGCCUAUCAGAGAACUUUCUCUUGGGAAGAUUAAUAAAAUGAUUCUUUGCACACCUCA